AUGGAGGCAAGCGGUUAUGGUAUUGAGGGUAGAAACAGAGCCUCGGCAGCUGAGCCCGGUACCUUGACAUCCAGAAACGCUCUUUACACCGAGACCAAGCAACUCAUACAAGGGUAUCUAGACGAGUUCACGGGACUUGUUAAACCGAGAUGGAAUGAAAGCAUAGCUCUGUCUACUAUGAAAAGGGUUGUGGCUGGCAUUUUGGAGCACUACAGAUAUGAAUACAAUGGUGGGUAUUGGUCAUUGGAGCAUUGGACCAGAAAUGGUGACAUAGGGUUUGUCAGCGAGAUAGCUGUGAACAUGUUCAAUGAUGGGACCACACAUUGGGGCCGUAUUGCCAGCUUGAUAGCAUUCGGUGCCGCUUUGUCUCUGCGCUUUAAUGAGAUUGGCAGAGAGGACUGUGUGGGGCUAGUGGGAGAAGAAAUCUCCCUGUACCUGCUGACCGCGCAGACGGACUGGCUCGUUGGAAACAACUCCUGGAAUGGCUUUGUGGAGUUCUAUCGGGUAGCGGACCAGCAGACUACUUGGACAAACAUACUCCUCUGGGCUGCUGGAUGUGCUGGCAUUGCGGCAGCUCUGACCUUGUUCAUCAAGUGA